UCCCCAUUUCCUACCAAUUCCCCCAAAUUCCUCCAUUCAUUUCAGCAAAAUCACAAAAAAAAAUCCCCAAUUCUCAGGAACUGGCGUUACCCACGGAAAUUCUGGAGGAUUCUCGAAACAAAGGGGUGGUGACCGCCCUGUAUGACGCCCUGAGCCGCCGCGACGCCGAGGCAAUCCAGCAGAUCCUCGCCCCCGACCUCGAGUGGUGGUUCCACGGCCCCCCGUCGCACCAGUUUUUGAUGCACCUCCUCACCGGCAGCAACAAGGACUCCUCCUCCCCGGAAUUCACCUUCGCCCCCCUCAGCAUCGCCGCCUUCGGCCCCACCGUCCUCGCCGAGGGUUUCGACCCGACCCGCUCCAUCGCCUGGGUCCACGCCUGGACCGUCACCGAUGGGAUAAUCACCCAGGUCCGCGAGUACUUCAACACCUCCCUCACCGUCACCCGCUUCUCCGCCCAAUCCGACUGCAGCAUUGCCACCCUCCACUGCCCCUCCGUCUGGGAGAGCAGCCUCCCGGGUCGGGUCGGCAAGUCGGUACCCGGUCUCGUCCUCGCUAUUUAAAAAACUUAAAUUACCCGACCCGUUUCCCGGGUCCGGUUUCCGAAUCCAAUCGCCGCCUUUUUCGACUUUUUCUUUUUUCAAUUUUUAAAUACUGCAGUGUGUGUGUGAGGAAUAAAUAGGCAUGGGCUGAGGUGGCACCGUCGAUCUCUUUUUUAUCCGUCUAUCAACGGCUAGGAUUGAUCUUGGUGGUGGUGAUCAGCUGCUUGUCGCUUGUUGUGGAGUCGACCAAUACGAUGUCGAAUUGGAGGCUCUUUUCCUUUUAUUGUGUGUGUGAAGUGGAAUUUGCGAUGAAUGAAGUGUUGUGUGAUUGGUUAAUGAAUAUAUUGUUCCUUUUUAA